GGCUUACCAGAAAUAGAAAUUUACGCGCUAUGAAUUGCUUGUCCUCCACUCCUCCCCUCAUUCUAAUUUCUCCUUUGCUACAAUUAGAUUUUAAUUGCUUUUGUUUUUUGUUUCUCUCACUGCUAAUUCCCUCUUUCUUUCUUUCUUUCUUUUCGUUACCAUCAUCGUCAUCUCUUAAUCUGCUCUCUCUUUCACUCCGUUUGUUUUACUCUUUCGCUCUGUUUGUGUUUCUUGUUCUCUCUGUGAACCAUGGAUUCUUCUUCUUCUUCGACCACUACUAGAAUGUUUCAUCCUCGAAGCGCACUUCGAGAAAACCCUCAACGGAAAAAAUCGUAUGAAAAUUUGGAUCGAUUUAUACCAAAUAGGUCAGCUAUGGACAUGGAUUUCGCGCAUUACAUGCUCACUGAAGGGAGGAAAGUCAAGGAAAGCCCACCUUCACAAUCGCUAUACCAGAAGCUUUUGGCAGAGGCGUUCAAUAUGAACGGAAGGCGAAUUUUAGCCUUCAAGAACAAACCACCCACCCUGGUGGACCCUAUCCCGUUGUUUACAUCAUCAUCAGUUCAUUCUUCUAAACCUGUCAAGCCCCAGCGGCACAUUCCUCAGAGACCAGAAAUGACAUUGGAUGCCCCUGACAUAGUGGAUGAUUUCUACUUGAAUUUGUUAGAUUGGGGCAACAAUAAUGUGCUUGCAAUAGCUCUUGGGACAACCGUGUAUCUUUGGAACGCUUCAAAUAGUUCUAUCUCAGAAGUAGUCACUGUUGACGAGGAAGAUGGUCCUGUCACUAGCAUUAACUGGGCACCUGAUGGACGUCACCUUGCUGUAGGCUUGGACAAUUCUAAUGUCCAGCUAUGGGACUCUGCAACUAAUCAAAUGCUAAGAACACUCCGAGGCGGUCAUCGAUUGCGAGUGACGUCACUGGCCUGGAAUCAUCACUUACUUACAACUGGAGGAAAGGAUGCUAAAGUCAUCAAUAAUGAUGUGAGAAUAAGAGAACACAUUGUUGAAUCAUAUGAGGGACACCGACAGGAAGUUUGUGGAUUGAAAUGGUCAGCUUCAGGCCAGCAAUUAGCAAGUGGAGGGAAUGAUAACCUUCUUUUCAUAUGGGAUAGAUUUAUGGCCUCUUCAAAUUCGCCAAGGCAUUGGCUUCACAAGCUCGAGGACCACACAGCAGCUGUGAAAGCCCUUGCUUGGUGUCCCUUUCAGAGCAAUCUGCUAGCCUCGGGUGGAGGUGGGAAUGAUAGGCACAUUAAAUUUUGGAACACCCAGACUGGCACAUGCUUGAACUCAGUGGACACCGGCUCACAGGUUUGCGCUCUUCAGUGGAACAAGCAUGAACGGGAAUUGCUUAGCUCUCAUGGAUUUACAGAGAACCAACUCAUUCUAUGGAAAUAUCCAUCCAUGGUACAGAUGGCAGAGCUCAGUGGUCACACUUCUCCAGCCCUCUUUAUGACUCAGAGCCCAGAUGGAUACACAGUGGCAUCUGCAGCAGGUGAUGAAACAUUGAGAUUUUGGAAUGUGUUUGGGAAUCCAAAAGCGGCUAAACCUGCACCAAAGGCUAUUGCUGAACCAUUUGCUAAUGUAUCCCACUUCCGCUAACAUCAUGCAAAAGAAACAAUAAUUCAUUGUGAGUUGUAGCAGGCAGACAAUUUCUUAUUGGGUUCAGGAUGGUUAACUGCGAUAUCUUGUAGACGUACUUUUCUUUUUGCCACUAAUCAUAAGAGAGAAGUCAAACUAACAGUACAUGAAAGACAGAGCAAAAUCUGAGUUACAGAGCGAGUUGGUCGCCCAUGUAGAGUAGUAAAUGCAGCAAUUUUGUCAUAAUGGGGCAUGUACAGCCAUGGUAGCAAUUACAUGAUAGGGCACAUAGAUAUAAUGUCAUAAUACAUAAUGUAUUUUCUUUUUAGAGUAAUUAAAUAAAAUUACGAGAUACUUUUCUUA